AUGUCAGACCCAUCGAUCUACACAUACCCCUCUCCUCUUGAAGGAUAUCAGAAUUUGCCUCCACUCUCAGACGAGAAGAACGCAGAUGGCAAGUCAUACGUAAACCCACCAGCAGAGAAGCUGAGUCCAGCAUACGACUCCUUCACCUCACCUAUCACAAACGACGAACGCGGCGGCUUCGACGUCCACAUCUACUUCCAACAAAACAUCGACACGGAAGUAAAAUUCGCAACCGAACUCUGGGAACGUAUAAGACGAGAAUUCCCCGAACUUCGCGUCUACAGAAUCUGGGAUAAACCAAUCGGUCCUCAUCCCAUCGCCAUGUUCGAAGUCAACUUGUUUACGCCAGCUCAAUUUGGUGCUUUUGUGCCAUGGUUGGUUAUCAAUCGUGGUCCGUUGUCGGCGUUGGUGCAUCCGAAUACUGGUGAUGAUAUUCGGGAUCAUACUCAACGUGCUACUUGGCUAGGACAGCCAUUUCCUCUUCAAGUUGGUCUGCUUAGGCGGUUGUUGGAGAAACAGGCUGAAGCUGCCUAA